AGUUUUAUAUCUUGACUCGGUAAUGUUUACAAUUUAGAUUAUCGCAAAUGAUCUAAUUAUUAAGGAUCACUUCAAUUUUGUUAUAUCGAGAAUCGUCGCGUACAAAUAAUUUUUAUUUGUUGUGGUUUAGUGGUUGUUUGUAUUACUCAACUUUCUGUUGGCGCAAUUUUUAAAUUUGUAUUAUUAGACAAAUUAUAUCAUGCCUAAUCGUCACAUUCAAAUAAUUUUGGAAAAACAAGAUAGAGAAUUACUUCUGGCGGAACAAAAUUGUACAGUUUUAUAUGGUUUAGAUGUUAAAAACAAACAUCAGUCUCCUUUUUUCAACAAAACAACAAGAAAUGUGAUGUGCCAACCUUUUUGGGAUUCCAUUUUAUGUUGGCCUUACACACCUGCAGGAGAAACAGCUAUUUUACCAUGCCCUUCAUACUUUACAGGCUUCAGAGAGAAUUAUAAUGCAACAAGAACUUGUACAGAAAAUGGAACGUGGUUUGUAAAUAAUGUGACUCAUGAACCGUGGGGAGAUUAUACGCAUUGUUCAGAAGGUAAAAUCACUACAAUUUUCACCAAUGUGGCACAACAUGAAUCUGAUCUCUCCGAAAGGUACAAAACUUUGGUACCAAUCAUCAAAAUACUUUCACAAACAGGAUAUGCUGUAUCAUUAGUAACAUUAAUUGCAGCGUUUAUAAUAAUGUCUUCAAUAAAAAAGCUACAUUGUGCACGAAACAUCCUCCACAUGAAUCUCUUCGCUUCAUUUAUUUUUCGUGCAUUUUUUCACAUUUUAAAGGAAUUGUUAUUUGUUGCCGGAGUAGGAUUGUCAAUUGAUUUUAGUGAGAAAAACGGAGACUUGUAUUUCAAAACAGAUAUAACGGAUAAUAACUAUCAAUGUAAAUUACUUACAUCUUUAGUACAAUAUUUUACCACAGCAAAUUAUUCGUGGAUAUUAAUGGAAGGACUGUAUUUGAAUAAUUUGAUUUGGAGAGCAUUAUUUACAGAUUCAAGUAGGAAUCUAGUUUAUUACAUUUGUAUUGGAUGGGGUUUGCCUAUCGCUGUAAUUAUACCUUGGAUAAUAGCUAGAAUAUUUCUUGAUGACACCAUGUGUUGGACCACAAAUGAUAAUUUGAAAGCGUAUUUAAUCAUUGUAAUUCCCACAAUAGUAGCAGUACUGAUAAACUUUGCCCUAUUUAUAGUGAUCUCCAUAGUACUUUUCACAAAGCUACGUUCACCUAUUUGCGAAGACACGAAAAGAUACCAGAGAUGGGCUAGAUCCACUUUGGUAUUAGUACCCUUGUUUGGAGUACAUUAUGCUAUAUUGUUAAUCUUCUAUUUUACUGGAAAAACGGAUAUAUGGUUAAUUUGCGAUUCACUUUUUGGAAGUUUUCAGGGAUUAUUUGUCGCUGUGCUCUACUGUUUCAUGAAUGGAGAAGUUAAAACUGAGCUGAAACCACACAUCUUCAAUAUUUUAAGCUAUUUAGCUACGCAUAGAGUAUUUGGAAUUUGUUUUCCUUGUCGGGAAAAAUUUUUAAGAUCAGCAGUAGGGAGACAAUCAGUUUGCACGACUUUAUCGUAUAGUUCUAUGUACUUUAAUGGUGUCGGCCAUAGAAAUAGCAAAUCUAAAUAUACUGACAAAAGCAAAGGUCAUUGCUGCACCGGUAGUAAACAAACUGUAACUACAAAGAAUGGUACGAAGCACAACACGUCGAUUACGGGAGAUAAAUGUCAGGCUGAAACGUCUCUUUGUAUAGAUCCACGGACUACUAAAUGCAUCGAGCCGUGUGCAACCGAUGAAGAAAUCUGCAUGUUAGCAAGAAGUUGUUAAAUAUUUCCGUGGAACCUUUUGAUUAACUUACAGGGUGUAAUUUUAUACUUAUUAUAUAAGUUUCCGAGAAACGAAGCCUUGUGUCAUCAUGUGAUAAAGAAAAAAAAAGAAGACGAAUAUGACUGGGCUAGAACGAUAGCUGUAUAACUACUUUUGCAAAUGUACAUUUUUCACCAGAGGAAAUACCAGAGAUGGAAGAAAACUACAUUUAGCUACGGAUUCGAAGGUCUUUUUAGAGACUGUACUAGAUAGGAUAUUGUCGGUGGGUUUCUCAUGCCUAUACGAAAAGUGACGCAUAGAGUUUUUGUUGUUCAGACUAUUGCGAAACUUAAGAUGACGCUCAAAAAUUUGAGAAUUUCUAUGGAGGGUAGAAGCGCCAUUUUCAAAUCAUCUCGUUUAAUAAUUUAAGAAAUAAAAAAGCCACGUUUGACAAUUUUCGUUUUCCUACAAUGUCUAUUUGUAUUUUCCUUUUCAGAUCGUCCCCGAAUUGCUUGCGAGCGCUAUUGUGAACAUUUAUUAAACUACGAAUUUUCGCUUUCAGACGAACCCCAAUAAGAAAGAGUUUUAUUUAUCUCUGUCCUCCAUAAUUCUAUUUGAACUCUGAACGUCUUAUUUAUCACUAGAAAUCCAUUCAGCUCAAUCACUUAGGUGAAUUAAUUCAUAUAUUAUUACUUUUUUAUUACUAAUUGUUAUACAAGUAAAUGGGUAGCGAAGUGUUACUAACUUUGUGAGGAACUUUUAAAACAUUUUUAAAUUUAAUUCAAUAAAAAUUUUAGGUUCUUUAAACAACACAUCAUUCAAGUGAUGUCUCUCAUUGUCUAUUUACUGCUGUAGUCUGUUUCUGAAGUUCGUUAGUUCGGCGAAAUAUUUGUUGCAGCUUAGGGUAAAACGUAUGCUCCUUGAGUCCUGGGUCGGGGUUGAAAUAUUUCAAUUUUCACCCCAUGCAAAAUCGCAAAAAGUUAACGCGUUGAUCCCCAACCAAAAUUGAUAAACCUUCCCCUUGGCCCAAAAAUUUUUUUGUGUUUUUACACUCCAUAUGGGGCGUGUAUCCAAGGAAAAAUUACGAGAAAAUGAUGCUCUUUGUGUGAGGUCCAUAGGCUAGUAAAGUUUAGCGCUAAAAAUUCAUCCAGGCCACAAAGAGGUCAUUUUUGCACUUUUUAUUGAAAAUAAAGUUAUUCAAUAUAUUAUCUUGAAGUUACACCCUACUCGCAGAAUGAAAAAAAAAAUUUUGUUUGCAUUUUUAUCCCUUGAACGUGAUUUAUACUUUUAUGUAAAGUGUACAAAAAUGAACGAUAUGUUUUGAAAAAUAUUAUAUACGAUCAAAGUGAUGUAAAGGUAGCACAAAUUAAAAAUUUAGUCACAUAUUAUUUGAAUUAUGUUGAAGAAAACAAAAAAAUAUGAAAAGUGAGGUUUUCUGCUUUACAAUGAAGUUGCAGAUCAUGAAAAAAAACCUUCAUAUUUUUCAGUGGUCAUAAUCUAUUCAAAAACAUUGUUAAUGAGAAUUAUAGACUAAUUGUAUUAGGAAAUGAGCCCAAAAGUUUACUAUAAAUAUAAAAUGAAAAAGGUACUAUAGCAUGUUAUCAAAAAACAUUCAAAUUGUACCUAAAAUAUGCUAAGGUAAAGUAAAAACCCAAAAUUUCUCAAAUUUGAAAAAUACUUAUAGAAUAAGAGUACAAUUUGAAGAACUGAGAAACAGAGAGAUUCGUUGGAAAAUUUUUAUAGGAAAGUUUGUUGAAGUCGACCCUGAUAUAGGAAUUGCUCCUCUGCAGGGCUGGGGUUGUAUUUGCUAACUUUUCUGGAGGAGGAAAAUCAAAGAUUAAGGAUUUUUGGCUCUUCUUGGUUUGGGUUUUUUUGAAAAAUUUCAUUUUUGGAAAAAAAUUUUGUUUAUUGUUUAUUUUAAAUUUAAAAGAGGACCGUCGAUUUAAAGAAACAGAACAAAUUUAUACAAGAUAAUGUUGAUGGGACAAAACAAUUAAUUGGCAAAAAGUACAGCAAGAUCAUUGAUAAAUAUUUUUUAUUUAUGACUUUCAUAUUUUUCAGUGGUCAUGUCCUUUUCAAAAACAUUGUGAAAAAGAAUUAUUGUAAUAAGAAAAAGGGUCAAAAGUUUAGUAAAUAUAAAAUAAAGUACUACAGCAUGUCAUCAAAAAAUAUUCAAUUUGUACCUAAAAUAUGUGGUAAAUUUGUAGAAAUCCAAUAGUUUCCGAUUUACAAGUUACUUGAAACGUGAAAAAAAUUUGAAUAACUGUAAUAAUUGUAAUGUUAUUUCUACAACCAGCCUUACUAUUUUGAGACCAAAAAUAAUUACGUUUAUUUUUCAGCAGUUUUAGUCUUUCGGGUACUGUAAAUGAUGAUAAUUAAUCCAGACAUUAAAUAUUAAAGGCAAGAAAAACUGGCGAGUGAAAUAUGUCUGGAAUAUUGUUUAGAGUUGAAUUAAAUUCUAAAUAUUCACUGUUUUCUGUUAAAAAUUUAAUGUGAUAUUAAAUAUAAUAGGAAAUAAGUUUGUAUAUUUGCAUUCAUGUAAAUAUUUCAGAGUAUCAGAUGUAUCAUUCCAAUUUAUUGACUUUCAGUAUUUUUUUAUACUAAGAGUUGAACCAUUUUGACAAAAAUAAAAUUUUAAUGUAAGUUACUAAUAUCUAUUUAUGAAUAAGAAUUUUUUGUUUGGUGUUUAAAUAAUAAAGAUGUUUUUAUUAA